AUGAGUGUGCAUGAUGAAGAUGCCGCCCGACCGUUGCUUGACGACACCGAUCGUGGCUCUACCUCACUUGAAGAGCCUCGAGAUGUCUUGACUCCGACUUCUUCAGAGACAGAACCAAGUCCCAAUCUAACGCUAGGCCAACUCCUCAAAAUUGCCCCAGGGCUCGGGCUAGGCACUCUACUUGUACAAGCUGAUGCAACCCUGGAGCUUUCAUCCUAUGCAACAAUAGGCUCCGAGUUUCAUCAGCUGAAGCAUGUGGCAUGGCUGACUAUCGCCUACGUGCUGAUGACCACGGCAUCACAGCCCUUGUACAGCAGACUUUCAGACUAUUGUGGUCGUAAGCCGGUUAUCUUGGCAUGCUAUGCCUUCUUCGCGAUUGGUGUGACACUUUGUUCUCUAAGCCCAUCUUUCUGGCUGCUCGUUGCCGCCCGGGGAGUGGUGGGUCUUGGAGGAGCAGGCAUGGGCUUCUUGGUGACGGUGAUACUCAACGACAUAGUGGCUCUUCGUGACCGAGCUUUAUGGCAGAGUGGCUUGGUUGUGCUCUCCGUCUGCGGACAGGUGGUCGGCGGUCCUUUAGGAGGACUUGCAGUUGAUCACCUUGGCUGGAGGCCUGCUUUCCUCAUAUUACUUCCAUUCGGCUUGUUCACCAUCCUGCUUGUCUACUGGACUCUUAAACUUCCCCAGCUUCCCACUCAAGUCAGCUUCAAAGAUCAUGACACCGGGUCGCCUCUUCGCCAGAUAGCAAGGCUGAAUAAUUUCGAUCUCUAUGGUGCAUGCACACUGGUCUCAUCGACGCUCUGUUUGGUCGUUGUCCUCAAUCUCGCUGGCAAUGAUGUUCCAUGGAACCAUCCCAUUGUCCCUAGCCUCCUCGUUCUCGACAUCCUUCUCUUUGCGCUGUACGCCCACAUCGAGCUGAAACUAGCCGCCGUUCCGCUGAUUCCCUUGCACCUUCUCCGGCCGCAAUACAUCUAUUCUCUCUUUGGCACAAAUUUCUUCAGCACAAUGACCCUUAUGGGAUUACUUUAUCUCAUGCCCUUGUAUGUCAAGGCAUCUGGCCACGGAAGCAGCUCUCUUUCUGGGCUCAUGAUUGUCCUGUGUGCCAUUGGGCAAAGCAUUGGCCACGCUGUCGCCGGACUACUGAUCAAGUGGAGAGGUUAUGUCUGGCAAAGCCUAGUAUGUGCCAACGGAGUGUACAUUCUGGCACUCAUCAUGUUUCGGCAAACAUGGCAAGGUUCUGAAAACGCUGCUAAUGAGUUCCUGUGGCCGAUCAUUUCGGGAAUAUGCAUGGGUGUAAUUACCAAUUGCUUGUUGAUCAAUCUCAUUCGAGCUACGUCCCAGGAAGACCGGGCCGUCAUGUACGCUGGGUAUCAUCUGUUUUCCAACAUUGCCAACAUGAUUGCCCUGUCCGUCCUAGCUGCAAUGGUACAGUACCGUACAAGGUAUUAUCUAGGCACAAACUUGGAAGGCUCGUAUCACGGUGAUAUUGAAAAGGUCCUCCACUCCCCUAUUCUGACAGCAAGAACUAAAUGUGGCUAG